AUGUUAAUAGCAUCAUUUUAAAUUCUCCUUUCAAUUAACUUAAUAGUUAUUUCAGUGCUGUCCUACAACUAUAUAAUAGUAAAUAUAUUAUUGAAUUUUAGAGCUAAAAAGAAUAAGUAUAUCAAUCGUAUUAUAGUAAAGAAGAAUUAGAAAACAUUCAUCACAUUGAGGAAAUAAAUAAUGUUUUAUUUCCCAUUCUUGAAGAUAUAUCUGUAAUAAUUAUUUAAUAAUUUAAGUAUGACCCUGAAUUUAGAAUAUAUUAAUAUAUUGACACAACUAAAUGUCCAAUAUUAAUGAAUUAAUAGGAAUGUCAAGUUGAGACUUGCAAUAUACUAAAUUUUGAAGGAGAAGAUUCUAUCAUAAAUGUGGAUUUGAAAUAUAUGGGAGAAAAGUAUACAGGAUAAUAAGGAUAAAACAUUUGGCUUAACAUAUAUGAAGAUCUAGGAAAAAAUACAACUUCAGAGAUGCAUACACAUUUCUUAAAUUUAAUAAAGGGAAUUCAUUCAUCAAUAUCUGUUUCAAUUACUGAAUAAUUUGAUUAUGGAAAUAAAACAGGAGCUAAUGUAGAUUUUUUCUUUUGGCGUGUUGGUAAUUAUCCAGAUAGAAUUUAUAAUCUUUAUUUUUUGGAAUCAUUCUUAAUACAAGCCUCAAAGUUUCUAUAGAUUAAUAAAAUUGAAUUGCCAUAGUAAACCUUAUUGAAGGUAUAAGGUUUAUUAUCUUCAUACAAUUUAAUGCCUCUUUAUAAAUUUGAUUACUUUUAGAAUUUAACUCAAUAGGAUUUAGAAUAAUAUAGAAGUGAUAUAUAAUUACUUAAUUCUUAUAUGGAUUGUGUGCAUUGUAAAAGAUGCAAGGUAAAUGGAAAAUUAUAAAUUCAUGGUUUAGAAACAUCUAUUGCACUCUUAUUUGAUAAUAAAUUAAGAGAAGAUUUAGAAAAAAAUGACAUGAUUGCUUUUUUGAAUACUUUUUAAAAGAUAUCAAGUUCAGUAAAAUCAUUAGAAGCUAUGUUUGAAAGAAGAACAUCAGUUACAUAUAAAUAUUUAAAAUUAUCUACAGUUGGUUUUAUAGUAUUGAGUUUGUUAUCCUAAGUGAUCCUAAUGUUAAAGAGAUGA